AUGGAUGAAGAGAUUUCCAAGUUCUCUGAUCGGUUCAUUUUGGGUAUGGGAGGAGGAGACUCGGCUCUCAGGAUGUUUGACGUGAACUUCAAAGAAACGAGGAGCAGAACCAAUAAAAACAAAGAGACAGACGGACUUUCUGGACGUGGUAACAGACCUGCAAACAUAGAAGGACGUGAGAUCAUGGAGCGCAUUAAACAAAGGCUUAAAACCCAUCUUCAGGAGAAGUUUACCUGGAUAUGUGAGGGUACAUCCGGCAGUCGGUCCAGACUCGAGAAUGUCUACACAAAACUCUACAUCACCCAGCAGGCUGACCAACACGGCUCCAUGCAACAUGAGAUCCUGCACCAUUUCAUGCUUCCUGAUGAGAAAUCCCCGUACGCAAACAUGAGCUACCAGCAGAUCAACAGCUGGGACAUCUUCAAACCAGGAAGUUUUUUCCAAAAACCACCUGAACAAAACAAGCCCAUCCAAAGAGUGAUGACGACAGGGAUCGCUGGCAUCGGGAAAACCUUCGCCGUCCAAAACUUCGCCCUAAACUGGGCCGAGGGAAAGCUCAACCAGCACAUUGAUUUCAUCUUUGUGCUCCCUUUUAGAGUGCUGAACAUGCUGAAGGAGGGUGAGUACAGUCUGCUGCAGCUCCUCCUCCACUUCUACCCUGAACUGAAGCCUCUGUAGAAUGCACAACGCCUCACCAACAAGCAGGUGCUGUUCAUCUUCGAUGGUCUGGAUGAAAGCAGGUUUCCUCUGGACUUCGAUGGAAGUCCCAGCCUCAGCGACGUUAACCAGAGAUCAACGGUUGCUGUGCUGCUUAUCAACCUCAUCAAAGGGAAUCUGCUGCCCAAGUCUCUGCUCUGGGUAACUUCCCGUCCUGCAGCAGCCAAUCAGAUUCCUUCCUGCUACAUUGACCAGAGGACAGAAGUGCAAGGGUUCACGGAUGUAGAAAAAGAAAACUACUUCAGGAAGAGAUUCAGCUCUGCGGGUCAGCUCAAAGAAGUCCUGUCACAUCUCAGAGGGAUGAUAAGCUUCCAUUUCAUGGGCCAUAUCCCAAUCUUUUGUUGGAUAAUCGCAGAGGUAUUUAGGAAGUCUUGGAAUGACGAGCGGAGUCGAAGGAUCACAACGAUGACAGAGUUGUACAUCUAUUAUUUACUCAUUCAGACACAAAGAACAAAACAGAAAUAUGAGACGGAGAGUGCAAAGAAAAAGUCUACAUCACAGAAUGCUGCCAUGUUCUUUAAUCUGUCUAAGCUGGCAUUUGAGCAGCUGCAGAAAGGAAACAUCAUCUUCUAUGAAGAGGACCUCAGAGAGUGCAGCAUUGAUGUUGAUGAAGCUUCAGCGUUUUGUGGACUUUGCUCAGAGGUCCUAAAGCAGGAGCACGGUCUGUACCAGAAGAUGAUGUUCAGCUUUGUGCAUUUAAGCUUCCAGGAGUUUCUUGCUGCUCUUUACAUGUUCCACUGCUGUGAGACGAAGAACGUCAUCCCUCUGAAGUCCUUCCUGGAUGUUGACCCUGUGGAUCUGAGCAUGUCUCAGUUGCAUAAGAAGAUUGUGGAUAAAGCAUUGCAGAGUGAGAAGGGUCAGCUGGACCUGUUUCUCUGUUUCUUCCUUGGACUCUUACAGGAGUCAAAUAACACGAUGCUGCAAGGUUUGUUUCCCCCGACUGGAAGCAGCUCAGAUACAGCUGAGGAGAUGAAGAUGUACCUGAGAGGCUUUCAUGCAGGCAACAUCCCCAAAGAGAGGUGCAUGAAUCUUUUCCUCUGCAAAUUUGAGCUAAAAGAAAAGAGAUUUCAGGAUGACAUAAGGAAGUUCCUAAAUUCAGGAGCCAGGCUGUCACCCAUUGACUGCUCCGUGCUGUCCACCAUGCUGCAGAUAUCUGGAGAAGUGAUGGAACAACUCGAUCUAACUAUAUGCUAUACUCCACUUUUUGGGGGUGAAAGACUUAUCCUGCAAAUUAGGAACUGCAAGAAGGCUGAAGCUGAGGUGUUCGCCUCAGCUCUCAGCUCAAACUCCCAGCUCAAAAAACUCGACCUGAGUUGCAAUGAGCUGCAGGAUUCAGGGGUGCAGCUGCUGUCUGUUGGACUAGGAAGCUCAAAAUGUCAGCUGGAAACACUUAGGUUGUCAUGCUGUGGGAUCACAGAAGAAGGCUGUGCUUCUCUGGCCUCAGCUCUGAAGUCCAACCCCUCCUAUCUGAGAGAGCUGGAUCUGAGCUACAACCAUCCAGGAGAGUCUGGAGUGAAGCUGCUCUCUGAGAGACUUGAGGAUCCAAAAUGUAGACUGGAAAUACUCAAUGUGGACCAUAAUGAAGAACACUUUGUCAACCCGCAGCUUCUGAACAAAUAUCCCUGUGAUCUGACGUUUGACCUGGACUCUAUGAACGAACACCUCCUCCUGUCUGAGUGUGGCAGGACAGUGAGCUACACGAAAGAAAAGCAGCCGUAUCCUGCUCAUCCAGAGAGGUUUGAUUGUUCCAGCUUGGUGCUCUGCAGAGAAGGUCUGACUGGACGCUGCUACUGGGAGGUGGAGUGGACUGGUUAUGUGAACAUUGCUGUGACUUAUAAAAGCUUGAAGAGGAAGGAAUGGGACACACAGAUCGAACAGAGCGAUGACACCUGGUGCUUCAGUAUCAAUGCAUCAGAUGGUUAUUCUUUCCAGCACAGUUUUCAGCAAGUCUUUGUACCGAUCCCACACAUUGACGUCAAAGCCUUCCUGUCCAGACCCAAGACACUAGGGCUGUUUCUGGACUGGCCAGCUGGGAUUCUCUCUUUCUAUUGGUUGUCUGGAAACAAAAAAACCCUCAUUUACACCUUCCACUCCACUUUCACUGAGCCUCUCUUCCCAGCAUUCUUGGUUUCCGGGGGAUCUUUGACUUUGACCCCUGUAGCGAAGCUGAAAAUGGAUGUUACUCAUUCGAGCUUCACACCUGAGGUCUGCCAAGAAAGAACCGGGGUUUCAUACAGCUUCAGGUUCCCCGGUUGUGGGUUGUUCCGGUGUUCUCUGACUGGUCUGGUGUUCAACGCGACCCAUGAGGGGGAGGUGACGUACAGGACUUUGAUCUGGGACGACAAGCUCCUGCAGUCUGCUCACAAGAUGCCCGGAGGACCGCUGUUCAGCAUCGAGUGUCCACAGGACUCUGUCAGCCAGCUUCACCUGCCGCACUGUGAACCUGAAGCCGCUCUGGUGGCUGAGAGCCUCUCCGUCGUCCACAUCACUGACGACGGCAUGAACAUCCUCAAGCCGCUGGAGGUCACAGAAACCCACGUGGUCGUGGACAUCCCACACCUCUCUGGCUUUGGCGUUGUGUGGGACACAGGGAAACGCUUCCUGAACUUCAAGGCGAAGCCUAUCCAGGGCCAAGCCCUGCUGUUCCUGAGACCCAUGCACAGACCCAUCCUCAUCCUAAGUGUGAUCCUGCUGCCAAGCAACGUCCCUCUGACAGAUGUGAAAGCUCAGCACACCGACUCCGAGUUCAUCCAGGCUCCAUCUUUCUGCCGCUUCCACCAAGAGCAAACUUACAGCCUCCACAGCGACCCUGAAGGUUUCACCAUCCAGCCUAAAACUGCGAAGUUUUUUGGAAAUUAUGGACCAAAUUAUCAUGCAACGUUUGAGAUCAUCAUGCCGUCGAGCACGGAGGAAGUGACCGUGAUGAUCCAGGAUCCGGAGAAGAUGCGUGUGUGGGAGUACGGCCUCCAUCUGCCCGGAGAACGAGUCGCCACCAUGUACAAAAUGUAUAACACCCAGUGGGACGAAGACACCGAGGAGGACAAGAAUUCCCUGAACUCUUCCUUCUGGUCUGAUGGGGAGAGGCGCGAGGAAGAGGAGGAGGAAGAAGUUGAGCUUGAGAGAGGAGACUUCAACAAAGAUGAAAAACAAGAGGAGGAGGUGCUGAAGAAAGAUGCCGAGCGCAGAGUGGAAGCAGGCGGGUCUUUGAGCAACAAAGACGUCAAGUUCAUCGACUCUAAGAUGGAUUCCAGCUGGAUAACAGUCAUCCGACCAGGGGUUACCCAGCCGGCCAAGAAAACAGAUCGAGUGGCCAGUGCCACCUCUUACCGUGUGGUCGCCAGGGCGUUUGACAUGCCUCGGGCAACUAUUCAUCGGGCAGUGCACAGGGUGAGUGCGAAGAUUGCUGGCCUCCUCUACCAAGUGGUCCGCCAUCCCACUGCAGAGGAUCUCCCUCGCUUGGGUGCCCGUUUCGCCCGUCUAGCUGGAUCUGCAGCCUUCAACCGAGUGGUGGGAGCCAUAGAUGGUUGCCAUGUCCGGGUGAAGCCCCCUGCAGAGGACUCCGCCUGUUAUUUCAACAGAAAGCUGUUCCAUUCAGUCCAGCUGCAGGCCAUCUGUGACGACACUGGAAGGUUUCUGGAUGUGUUUGUGGGAUACUGUGGGUCAGUACAUGAUGCCCGAGUUCUGCAGAACAGCCCCAUCUACUACAAGCAGUCCCACCCCCCACCAGGUUACUGCAUCAUUGGAGAUGGUGGCUACCCCUGCUUGUCGCAGCCCAUCUGCCUCAUGACGCCCUUCAGACAGCCUGUCCGCAACCACCUCCAAGCUCGCUUCAACUGCUACCUGUCAAAGGCGAGGUGUGUUGUAGAGAGGUCCUUUGGGAUCCUAAAGACCAGAUGGAGGUCCAUCUUCUUAAAGGCUCUGGAGGUGGAGGUCAAGUACGUGCCAGAGGUCAUUGUCUGCUGCACUGUCCUCCACAACAUCUGCAUGAGCAACGGGGACCUGCUGGAGCCAGAUGCUGAUGCUGAUGUCAGGAGGGCAGCUGGAGAACAACCAGCAGCAGGACCAGCACCAGCGCCCCCAGGAACCGUCUGUGGGGCUAAUGAGAGACAGAGGAUGGCAACAACCUGUUACACCCCAGAACACAACUACAUUUAA